AUGGACGCACUGCGACAGCGUGCAGCGAGUGUGGGUGGGUCACCUGGGUUGGAAAUCCGGAGCGUUGAGCGAGCUAAUUGGGCUGCAGGGGAAAGCGUGUCUGUGCAAGCGUGUUGCAUGUUCUGGCUACGACGCGACGUGCAAUCGGAGAUGCAGGAGAGGAUGAAGUGGGUGGUGCAGGCGGACUCGGCUCCAGAGAGCGUGGGCCCAUCGAGGGUGAUGUCAAGCAUAGGAUGGUGGGCGGGGAAGGAGAGUGUGCAGGGGGUCAGAGAGAGGAUUGCGCCCGAGGAGUGGUCAUACAUGGACAUUGUCGCGAGCGCAUACUCACCGAUUGUUGCUUGCGUUGCUGAGCAGGAAGAAGUACGCAAAUGCAUGGAAUUACUGAAGAAGUCGUUCAGCAUUGGUCAACAACGCGGAUGCGCGAAUGCGAAUGCAAAAAGGAAGGCGAGCGUAAACAGAGGAGGACAACGAAGGAGAGGCAACGCAAGCAGCGGAGCGAGGAGCGAGGAGCGAGGAGCAGGAGGGAUGGAAGGGAGACAAGAAGUUGGGAGGAGAGGGAUGAGCAACUAUUGUGCGAGUUAUUAUGAAGUGGACUGGCUACUUACACUUUACAAUGAAGGACAGUGUAGUGGGGGUGCGCUUUUCGGUUGUAAGAUGCGUCCGAGCGGAAUUUGA